AUGAAAUUUUGGAAGAUUCUGUGCAAUCAGAUAAAUGAAACAUUGCCAGAUUGGCAAGACAAGUUCUUAUCAUAUAAAGAUUUGAAGAAACAGCUGAAAUUGAUUUAUCCCAUACAAGGGUCGUGCAAAAAUCAUGAAAAUGGUGACAUUUAUACUAAUGGGAGGCCAAAUAAACGGCCCAGAUUGAGUGAUGAUGAAAAGGAAGUUGGAGAUUCUGUGUGCGGAGGUGGUGACGAUGGGGAUGAGGUGACAAAGGAAAUAAUUGAUUUUCUAGAACUUUUGGAAAAGGAGAUCGAGAAAUUUAAUGGGUUCUUCGUCGAUAAAGAAGAAUUUUACAUUAUUAGAUUGAAGAUGCUAAAAGAAGAGGUUGCAGAAGCUAAGGAUUCAGAGGUAGAGCUGAUGAAAAUAGGAAGAAAGAUAGUAGAUUUUCAUGGAGAGAUGAUUCUGUUGGAGAAUUACAGUGCUCUAAACUAUACAGGACUAGUGAAGAUCUUGAAAAAAUAUGACAAGCUAAGUGGGGAACUCAUGCGACUACCUUUCAUACAAAAGGUUCUGCACGAGCCAUUCUUUAGAACUGAAGUGUUAAAUAAUCUAGUGAAGGAGUGUGAGAUAAUGAUUUACCGCAUCUUCUCGUGGCACGAGCAAUUGACCCCUCCAGAAGAGAAUGGUCAGAAAGAAGGUUGCAGUGACUGGGCUGCGACUGAGGAUUCAGAAAAACAUCUUAGAGUGCCUGAAGAACUUUCAGCAAUUGAAAACAUGGAAAACAUGUACAUGAGGCUUACUAUGUCAGCCUUACGGACUCUAAGGGAAAUCCGUAGUGGAAGCUCCACCGUAAGCAUGUUCUCAUUGCCACCCAUGUAA